AGGCCAGCCGCGACCCGCGGAGAAGCUGCAUCACCUUCCUGCCCGCCUGGCCUUCCCCGCCGACACCAUGCUGCAGUUCCUGCUUGGAUUUACUUUGGGCAACGUGGUUGGAAUGUAUCUGGCUCAGAACUAUGAUAUACCAAACCUGGCUAAAAAAAUUGAAGAGAUCAAAAAGGACUUGGAAGCCAAGAAGAAACCCCCCAGUUCCUGAGGCACUCUCCACUCCAGCACUCAUUCUGGAUUCACGGGUUCUGCCCAGCACGCCGGAGAGCUCCUUUACCUCCUGACCCAAAGCUUCUGUGCUUAUCUCCCCUCAGCCGUUUCCUCCUUGCUAGACCCUGGGUGUUGCCUCAGAGCAGAAAGGGGGCCUCGAGUUCAGAAAUCCUCUGCUUCCAACAGCCUUGUCUCUCCCCUGUCUUCCUUCUGUCUCCUUGGGAGGCUCUAAGACUGGAAUUAUGGUGCUAGAUUAGCAAACAAGACCUUUAAUUCGUAGUUUCUCCCCUGUUGUUUGGAGUUUCUACUAUCUUUUGUCAAAAGAAAAAUUGAUGAGUUUUGUAUAGGUGAUCAGAUAAAAGUAAUGCUGAUUUUGUAGUUUAGCAAUUAUGAUGGGUGCUUGUUAAACACUUGUUACUAAAUUUUGUUGCCUCAAAGUAAUUAAAAUUAAUGUAUAGAAG